AUUAACAAGCUUCCCGUUCUCUUCUCUCUGUUUCCUGCUCCAGCUCUAUUAACGAUCGAAUGGUAGCUUCUUCUUGAUCUGAUCUGAUCUUAUAAGCAACCUUCCACAACCUUGAAGUUAGUAGAGAGUAAUGGGAGGAGAGAAAGGUUCGAGCUUGGAGGAUCUCAAGAAUGAGACUGUCGAUCUGGAAAAGAUUCCUAUAGAGGAGGUAUUCGAGCAGCUGAAAUGUACGAAAGAGGGUCUGAGCUCGGAGGAGGGAGCCAACCGGAUCCAACUCUUCGGGCCGAACAUGCUGGAAGAGAAAAAGGAAAGCAAGUUCCUCAAGUUUCUGGGGUUCAUGUGGAAUCCGCUGUCGUGGGUGAUGGAGAUGGCGGCGAUCAUGGCGAUUGCACUGGCGAACGGAGGAGGGAAGCCGCCGGACUGGGAAGACUUCGUCGGGAUCAUAAUUUUGUUGGUUAUUAACUCCACCAUCUCGUUCAUCGAAGAGAACAACGCCGGGAAUGCGGCGGCGGCCCUCAUGGCUCGCCUCGCACCAAAAACCAAAGUACUGCGUGACGGCGCGUGGAGCGAGCAGGACGCGGCCAUUUUGGUGCCCGGCGAUAUCAUCAGCAUCAAAUUGGGCGACAUCAUCCCCGCCGAUGCUCGCCUUCUGGACGGCGAUCCCUUGAAGAUCGACCAGUCCGCCCUCACCGGAGAGUCCCUCCCAGUCACCAAGAACCCCGGCGACGAGAUCUACUCCGGCUCCACAUGCAAGCAGGGGGAGAUCGAGGCCGUCGUCAUCGCCACCGGCGUCCACAGCUUUUUCGGCAAGGCCGCCCACCUCGUCGACAGCACCAACCAGGUGGGCCACUUCCAGAAGGUCCUCACCUCCAUCGGCAACUUCUGCAUCUGCUCCAUCGCCACCGGCAUCCUCAUCGAGAUCAUCGUCAUGUACCCCAUCCAGCACCGCACCUACCGCGACGGAAUCGACAAUCUCCUGGUCCUCUUGAUCGGCGGCAUCCCCAUAGCCAUGCCCACCGUUCUCUCCGUUACCAUGGCCAUCGGCUCCCAUAAGCUCUCCCAGCAGGGCGCCAUCACCAAGAGGAUGACCGCCAUCGAGGAGAUGGCCGGCAUGGAUGUGCUCUGCAGCGACAAGACCGGCACCCUCACGCUCAACAAGCUCAGCGUCGACAAGAAUCUCAUCGAGGUCUUCACAAAGGGCGUCGACAAGGAUCACGUCGUCCUGCUCGCUGCAAGAGCCUCCAGGACAGAGAACCAGGACGCCAUCGAUGCCGCCAUGGUCGGAAUGCUCGCAGACCAAAAGGAAGCGAGAGCAGGGAUCCGAGAAGUGCAUUUCUUUCCCUUCAAUCCCGUUGAUAAGAGAACAGCGCUCACUUACAUCGAUGAAGAAGGCAAAUGGCAUCGAGUCAGCAAAGGUGCUCCUGAACAGAUUAUGAACCUUUGCAAUUGCAAAGAGGAUGUCAAGAGAAAAGCCCACACUGUGAUCGACAAGUUUGCUGAACGUGGGCUUCGAUCUUUAGCAGUGGCGAGGCAGGAGGUUCCUGAGAGGAGCAAAGAGAGUCCUGGUGCACCAUGGCAAUUUGUUGGUCUACUGCCGCUCUUUGAUCCCCCGAGGCAUGACAGUGCCGAGACCAUCAGCAAGGCUCUCAACCUCGGUGUCAAUGUGAAGAUGAUCACUGGUGAUCAACUUGCCAUAGCAAAGGAGACUGGUAGAAGACUUGGAAUGGGCACAAAUAUGUAUCCUUCCUCUUCGUUGCUUGGGCAAAACAAGGAUGAGUCUGUUGUUUCACUUCCGAUAGAUGAAUUGAUCGAGAAGGCAGAUGGGUUUGCAGGAGUUUUCCCAGGUCUGUUCGUGUUGUGUACACACUGUCAAACCAUAAAUAUUAUAAAGAUUAGCUGUAAUAUGGUGUACUUUGGAACAGAACAUAAGUAUGAAAUUGUGAAGAAGUUGCAAGAAAGGAAGCAUAUAUGUGGGAUGACUGGAGACGGAGUGAAUGAUGCUCCAGCCUUGAAGAAGGCCGAUAUUGGCAUUGCUGUUUCUGAUGCCACCGAUGCUGCAAGAGGUGCUUCCGACAUCGUCCUGACUGAGCCUGGUCUCAGUGUCAUCAUCAGUGCUGUUCUUACUAGCCGAACCAUCUUCCAGAGGAUGAAGAACUACACGAUCUAUGCUGUUUCGAUAACCAUCCGUAUUGUGCUUGGAUUUAUGCUUAUUGCUUUGAUAUGGAAAUUUGACUUCUCUCCUUUCAUGGUUCUGAUCAUCGCCAUACUAAAUGAUGGCACCAUCAUGACAAUCUCUAAGGAUCGCGUCAAGCCAUCUCCACUUCCAGACAGUUGGAAAUUGAAAGAAAUUUUUGCUACAGGCAUUGUGCUAGGAACUUACUUGGCCUUGAUGACUGUCCUCUUCUUUUGGGCUAUGAAAGAGACCAACUUCUUCCCGAACAAAUUUAAUGUUAGAUCAAUAAGAUACAAUGACCAUGAGAUGAUGGCUGCGUUGUAUCUGCAAGUGAGUAUUAUCAGCCAAGCACUGAUAUUUGUUACUCGGUCGCGGGGUUGGUGCUUCACCGAUCGACCUGGACUUCUACUUUGCACUGCUUUUGUGAUUGCACAAUUAAUUGCUACACUAAUAUCUGUGUAUGCAAACUGGAGCUUUGCCCACAUUAAAGGCUGUGGAUGGGGUUGGGCAGCAAUCAUAUGGCUUUACAGCUUUCUUACCUUCAUUCCACUUGACUGGAUUAAGUUCGCUAUUCGGUAUGUACUAAGUGGAAAGGCCUGGGAUUCUCUCUUUGAUAGGAAGACUGCAUUCACCACAAAGAAAGAUUAUGGAAGAGAGGAAAGGGAAGCUCAAUGGGCAAUUGCACAGAGAACACUUCAUGGUCUCCAACCACCUGAAGCUUCAACCCUCUUUGGGGACAAGAACGGUUACCGUGAGCUUUCGGAGAUAGCUGAGCAGGCCAAGAGACGAGCCGAGAUUGCAAGGCUGAGGGAGCUGCAGACUCUCAAGGGUCAUGUGGAAUCAGUGAUCAAGCUGAAGGGACUGGACAUUGACAACAUCCAGCAGCAUUACACAGUGUAAAAGCACCACAUAAUACAUAUAGCU